AUGGAUCAGGAGGGAGGGAUGGCUUCCGACAACCAGAGGAUUCACUGGAAGACUUACUACAAAAACUUGUUUCUUUUAGCAUAUCAAAGUUUUGGGGUGGUGUAUGGUGACUUGAGUACAUCUCCUCUUUACGUGUAUCGAAGUGCAUUUUCUGGGAAGCUACGCCGUCAUCAAGAUGAAGAGACAAUAUUUGGUGUAUUUUCCUUGAUUUUUUGGACAUUCACUCUGAUCCCAUUGCUGAAGUAUGUGCUCAUUGUCUUGAGUGCUAAUGAUAAUGGUGAAGGAGGACCAUUUGCUUUAUACUCUCUCCUCUGCAGACAUGCAAAGUUCAGUUUGCUUCCGAAUCAGCAGGCAGCUGAUGAGGAGCUUUCUACUUACUAUAGGCAUGGACAAAUGUCUCGCAAUAUGAUUACCUCUCCAUUGAAAAGGUUUCUAGAGAAGCAUAAAAGGCUGAGAACUUGCUUACUUCUUAUAGUUCUAUUUGGCGCUUGCAUGGUGAUAGGUGAUGGUGUUCUUACACCAGCAAUUUCUGUGUUGUCAUCCAUUUCUGGGUUGCAAGUUCGUGCGAAGAAAUUACAUAAUGCUGAGGUGAUUAUUAUUGCCUGCAUUGUGCUGGUUGGCCUCUUUGCUUUACAACAUAGAGGUACUCAGAGGGUAGCCUUUCUGUUUGCACCUGUUGUUAUCAUUUGGCUCUUGUGCAUUGGUGUAAUUGGUCUAUACAAUAUUGUUCGCUGGAACCCCACAAUUUAUCAUGCUCUUUCUCCACACUAUAUCAUUAAGUUCUUCAGAAGGACAGGAAAAGAUGGCUGGAUUUCUUUAGGGGGAAUACUCCUUUGUAUUACAGGUACUGAAGCUAUGUUUGCGGAUCUUGGCCACUUCACUGAUUCAUCCAUUAAGGUUGCUUUUGUUGCUGUCAUUUACCCUUGUCUGGUAUUGCAGUAUAUGGGGCAAGCAGCAUUUCUUUCUAAAAAUUUUUCUGAUGUACCUACAAGCUUCUAUGAUUCCAUUCCGGAACCUGUGUUUUGGCCUGUUUUUGUGUUAGCCACUCUUGCUGCUAUAGUUGCUAGCCAAGCCAUCAUCUCAGCAACAUUCUCAAUUGUCAAGCAGUGUCAUGCUUUGGGUUGUUUUCCACGUGUCAAGGUUGUCCACACAUCAAGGUGGAUUUAUGGUCAGAUAUACAUACCCGAAAUAAACUGGAUUCUCAUGGUCCUUUGUCUGGCUGUCACUAUGGGUUUUCGUGACACAACCGUUAUUGGAAAUGCUUAUGGCAUUGCAUGCAUAACCGUAAUGUUUGUGACCACAUGUUUGAUGGCGCUGGUUAUCAUCUUUGUAUGGCAAAGGCAUGUCGUACUUGCUUUGUUGUUCCUUAUAUUUUUUGGAUCAAUCGAGGCUGUUUAUCUUUCAUCUUCAAUUAUGAAAGUUCCCCAGGGAGGAUGGGCACCUCUUGUGCUCUCAUUUGUUUUUAUGGUCAUCAUGUAUGUCUGGCAUUAUGGCACUAGAAGGAAAUAUCAAUUUGACCUACAAAACAAGGUCUCUAUGAAAUGGAUCCUCACUCUUGGCCCCAGCCUUGGAAUUGUUCGUGUUCCUGGAAUUGGGCUUAUCUACACAGAGCUGGUUACGGGAGUACCUGCUAUCUUCUCACACUUUGUCACCAACCUUCCAGCUUUCCAUCAAGUUCUCGUCUUUGUUUGUGUGAAGUCGGUGCCGGUCCCCUAUGUUCCAAUGGACGAACGGUAUCUUAUAGGUAGGAUUGGUCCUAGAGCCUACCGGAUGUACAGGUGCAUUGUGAGAUACGGGUACAAGGAUGUGCAGAGGGAUGACGACAACUUUGAAAACCAAUUAGUGAUGAGCAUUGCCAAGUUCAUUCAGAUGGAAGCUGAGGAAACAUCCUCAGGGAGUUAUGACACAUCUCCUGAAGGAAGAAUGGCUGUUAUACGAACUUCUGAAACAUCUGGCUCAAGGCUGUUAAUGAGGGAGUCUGAUGAGAAUGCGGGUGACUCUACCAUUGUGAGGAGCAGCAAAUCAGAAACCCUUCGAAGCUUGCAAUCACUAUAUGAGCAAGAAUCACCUAGUGUGAACCAAAGACGGCGGGUUCGAUUUGAGGUGUCAGAAGAAGAGUCUAUGGACUCACAGGUUAGAGAAGAGCUAAUGGCCCUUGUGGAAGCAAAACAGGCAGGAGUUGCAUAUAUCAUGGGCCACUCUUAUAUAAAGGCCAGGAGGACUUCAUCAUUUUUAAAGAAGUUUGUCAUCAAUGUUGCCUACUCUUUCCUCCGAAAAAAUUGCAGGGGCCCGGCAGUAGCCUUAAACAUCCCUCACAUCAGCCUCAUUGAAGUGGGUAUGAUCUACUAUGUUUAGCUGGGUGCUCUUUUUGCAUGGCAGCUGAGGAAGGAGAUAGCUGACUGCUCAAGGAGGAAAGAUGCGAAAUUUUGAGUGUGUUGUGGUGACUUAAAUUUCUGACAAGAGAAAGUGCUCGCCAUGUUUGACAUGGAAAAGGUAUUGAAGGCAAUCACUUGGGAAACCCUUUCAACAGCAAAUUACCGGCAACACUGCUGGUUUAAGUCUUUAAUUCUGUAUCAAGCAAUAUGCCACUCACAUCUGAGCUGCAAACUUAUCCAUUACCGAAUUAUUUCUUCUCAUCCCUCGAGUUAAUAUGCCCUUUUCGGCCAUUUCUUUCUGUAAAGAAAGAACCUUGCGUUCAUCUUCACAUUCUGUAAAGUAAGUUAUAAAUGCCUCUAUUAGGAGGCAUAUUCCUCUGCAGCAUCUGCUGAUGUAUUUCAUCAACUUCUUCCAUCCUUCAUUACACAUUGUACUUAUUAAUGCAUGAUAUGUGAUUCGAGUU